AUGCAUCAUGAUUACAGCCCACCCAUCAUUCAUCGAGACAUAUCAAGCAACAACAUCCUCUUGAACUCAGAAAUGGAAGGAUUUGUUGCUGACUUUGGAGUAGGCAGAGUACUCGACCCUGAUUCCUCCAACCAAACCAGUGUCACAGGAACUUUAGGAUACAUUGCUCCAGAACUUGCCUAUAACAUCAUUGUGACCCAAAAAUGUGAUGUGUAUAGCUUUGGAGUUCUUGCACUUGAAACAAUUGGAAAGAAUAUUGGACAAGUGUCUGCCUUAUCCAACCAGCAGACUGAUUGA